UAUUAAUACACAUUACACGUAUGCGCCUUAGCACUUCUAAGCUGGCUUUAAAGCUGGGUUAGGCUGUGCAAUAGUCCCGUUUCAAUGCUCUAAUUAACGUUAAACGUACCUAGUAGUUAGCGUUAAGAGGUACCAAAUCCAAAGCAAACCUUCGUAUACACAUUAGCCACCUUAACUAAACAUUUACGAAAGCUAAGAAGCUACCUAAUCUUUUGAUUACGUCUACUCUUUUUUUUUCUUUUCUUUUUUUUCCAAUGCUGAGGAAAGGGGGCCUUCAACCUAUUCUAAUCUGACCUAAAUCCCGAUCCGAUUUUAUAUUUGAUGCGUGCUCGUGUGUCUUAGGUAGUUCCAAUUCAGCCUUCCGAAUAGCGACGACCACGACAAAUUUACUCGCCGAGGCUGCCUCGCCCGGCGACUACUGUAGUCUACGAAAACGAAGAUGAAAAGCUGGCUCUCCGCUUUGGUCCUCCUGGGCCUGUCCCUCUGGACAGCUCAGGCAUUGGAAGUGCAGAUUGACAAUACCGAGGAGAAUCGCCAAAAAUGCGCCGGCAUGUAUAGUAAAAGCGCCUGGGGUGGUCCGGUAGAUCCGUUUAUCCUCACUGUGUUUCCUAACCAGACCGUCGAAGGCGACCAGGACCCUAUGGUUAGCUUGGUCAUAUUCGAAUGGAGAGACGAGCCUUUGAUCGGUGUCCCCUCGGGCAACGAUGCCUACCCGAAGCAGUUGAUUUGCGACGAAAGCGGCGUUACGAAAGGCCUGUGCAAGGAUACGGAGCUAGGCCGAUGGAUCUUGUCACCUAAUGCGACUGAGCUAUCCGGCAACUUGAUUAAGACCGAAGCUAUACACCUGAAGGCGUCGGGCCCGAUCCAUUAUGAAAUCAAGAAGACGGGAUACUACUGUGUUGCCGCUGUUGGAUUUAACACGGAUGACUUCAUGGGCGUCAUAGAAUUUCGAGAAGCUUAUGGUGAACUUCCCGCAACUCAGAUCCCCAAACUUCCGUUUUACGGUGGAAUCACCAUCCUCUAUGCAGUAGUCGUAGUGUUUUGGGGUUUCUUAUACUACCAACAUAGAUACGAUAUUCUGCCCGUUCAGAAUUACAUCACUGCUAUUCUCGUCUUCCUAGUUAUUGAAAUGUUGAUGACUUGGGGUUUCUAUGACUACCUAAACAGGAACGGCUCUAAUGUUGGAGCUAAGGUUCUCCUCGUUGUGGUGGCCGUCUUGAACGCUUUCCGCAAUUCGUUCUCUUUCUUCCUACUCCUUAUCGUGUGUAUGGGUUACGGAGUUGUAAAGCCUUCGCUGGGCAAGACGAUGGUAUAUGUACGAUGGCUGGCUAUUGCCCAUUUCAUCUUCGGCUUGGUUUACGCUAUUACCAGUCUUCUAGUGUCACCGGAUACCGCUGGGCCUCUCGUUCUCCUUAUCGUACUCCCGUUGGCAGGUACUUUGACCGCCUUCUACGUGUGGACGCUUAGUUCCCUUAACGCGACCCUUAAGGAUCUGCGCGAGCGCAAACAGACCGUAAAAGAAUCUAUGUACAAGAAACUUUGGUGGUGUAUCCUCAUCAGCAUUCUUGUUAUUUUCGGCUUCUUCUUUUUCAACUCUUUAUCAUUCGCCUCGGCCUCCGACCCGGAUUUCGUUCCUUUCCACUGGAAAUCGCGAUGGUUCAUCCUUGACGGAUGGCUCAACUUGGUCUACUUCGCCGAUGUAGCCUGGAUCGCCUAUGUAUGGAGACCUACGGCGAACAAUAGGAGGUUCGCUAUGAGUGAUGAGAUUGCCCAGGACGAGGAGGGUGGAUUCGAGUUCGCCGAUGUAGGCGCUCCGGAUGAUUCAGAUGAGGACGAAGAAGCCCACAUCGGCUCUAAGAUCACAAACACGCGUUCAACACCAGCGCCGAGCUAUACCCCCGCGGCAUCACAGCCCGCACAGAGCAAGGCCCCAGCUAAGGCGGAAACGCCUCGGGAUUCCUUUGACGGUGAAACCAUAUUUGCAGUUGGAGAGGAUGGUGACAAAUUCAGUGAUGACGAAGAAGAUGACGACGAUGACGAUGAUGAUGAAGAGACGGACCGCGGUGAAGGUUCAAAUCUAGUCAAGGGGAAGAAGCAGUAGGGACUGACUUUCUAAGACUUCUCAACCCGGCAAAAGGGAAAAUAUGGCAUCGCUUGCUCUCGUGCUUGGU